GUACACUGCGGUCACCGUGAUGUACCACAAUUGUAUUCGCCUUUAAUGCGGCAAAUGUACACGUAGAUUAUUUGGGUGUUUUGUUAGCUAAACCAACUCGAUACAGCAUUUCACGGGCACGUCAAGAGGAAACUAUCGCGAUACUUGGAGAAAUCUCGUUUGAUCUCGGGAGGAGUAAAGCACCAGAUCGAAGACCUGCUGGCAUCACAGAGGACUCAGCUGACGCGGGGCAAGUAGCGUCCCCCAAAGAGUUGGCCACAUGGAGCGGAGGUGAAAAUUUCAGCGCUGGCUCAGUUCUAGCUGCUGCCUUUCUACUACCAUGGUGAGAGAGGCCCUUGACUGUUGCCAUGGAGACCCUGUAGCAAGAGCUCUGUAACUAAGAUCUGUUGCCUUGGUGACCCUGUUAAAAAGAGGCAGGUAACUAUUUCAAUCUGUUGCCAUGGUGAUGAUGUAACCACGCCCUUCUGUAGCUGGGAAAGCACAUCUUGCACACUACUUUGUUACCAUGGGGACAUCCAGGAUGUUUCAUAUUUUUGUCCUCCUGGGCUCCGCCUUCAUGAUUCUUCUCAUCAUUCUCUAUUGGACGGAAGUUGGGGCGUCCCGUCAGUAUUUGCACACUCCGGUCUCACCGGGACCCAAAAUGACAAAUGGUGCUCAACAGCAACAGCAACAGCAGCAGCAGCAGCAGCAGCAGCAGCAGCAGCAGCAAGCUCAAACCCCCCAAAUUCCGGCCUUCCUCUCCGACAUCGAUGCCUUCGUCAACCAGUUCUUAGAGCCCGGAACGGGCGAACCCACCGAUCCGGUGCCAGCCGAAACCAGCAACCAAUCGGAGAAGGCAGAAGAGCGCUAUGUACCAAGGCAGGAGUGGAAGAUUCAUUUGACUCCAGUGGCAGCAGAGCUCCGCCAGAGACAAGAGUACCGGCAGAGGUUACUUAAGGAACUGUGUGCCAAUGACAGCCUGAUGUUUCCUGGCAAAAAACGUUCAUUCGAUGACAUUCCCAACAAGGAGCUGGACCAUCUGAUAGUUGAUGACAGGCAUGGAGUCAUCUACUGUUACGUUCCAAAGGUAGCCUGUACAAAUUGGAAGCGAAUCAUGAUUGUUCUCAGUGAGAGCCUACUCCACGACGGUGUUCCCCAAAGAGACCCAAUGGUCAUCCCCAGGGAGCUGGCUCACAAUGGCAGCAUGCAUUUCACCUUCAACAAAUUCUGGAAGCGCUACGGCAAGUUUGCAAGGCACCUCAUGAAGGUCAAACUGAAAAAGUAUACCAAGUUCCUUUUUGUGCGGGACCCCUUUUUGCGGCUCAUCUCAGCCUACCGGGAUAAAUUUCAGCUGCGCAACGAGGACUUCUACCGCCGCUUCGGUAAGGUGAUGCUGCAGCGCUACGCCAAUCAGCCGACGCCCCCCGACGCUGUGGACCAGGCGUUUGACGUGGGAGCCCACCCCUCCUUCUCCCACUUCAUCCAGUAUCUACUGGACCCUCAGACGGAGAAGGACAGUCCCUUUAAUGAGCACUGGCAGCAGGUGUACCGCCUUUGCCACCCGUGCCAGAUCCAGUACGACUUUGUGGGUCACUUGGAGACGGCCGAGGAAGACGCCGAGCAUUUGUUACGUCUGCUGCGUGUGGACAACGUGGUGGAAUUUCCUACCUCACACAGAAAUGUGACAGCCAGUGACUCGGAAUCGGAUUGGUUCGGCAUGGUGCCCCUAGAGGUGCGGAGGGAGCUUUACAAGCUCUAUGAACCCGACUUCAGGCUUUUUGGUUAUAACCGACCCGACCCCAUCCUCAAUGAGUGACUGUUUAUUUUUUCUAAAGUCCCUGUAAAAUGAAAUGUGAAAUGUUUUUGUGCUAAAUAGUUCUGUCUGUGCACAAAUUCACUUUACAGGGACUUUAACAAACAAAAACAUCUUUUUUAAUUUGACUCUGAUCAUAGCGCCGUACUGAAGCAAAUGUCCGUCCAAUGAAGACUUUCCAAUCGCGCAAAGCACUCGAAGGAGUGUGAGGCUAUUGGAGACGCAGAAGAUGUCUGUCUUUUGGCACGUCCUGCAAGCUCCCACGGCGAGUGUUUGACACUCCCGGUUCUGAUGUCACCUUUGAUUGGCCGCUCAGUUACCUAGCUACCAUGUGACUUCCCCAUGCAGGUUUUGUAGCAGCCGGCUGCCAGUUGGCCAAUGAUUUUUUUUUAAAAAUGCUGCUGCGCUACAGUGAUAGUCUAAAACCUAUUGAUUUUAUAUUGUGCAAUGGUUUCUUGCAAUUCUUUUUUUUUUUUAAGCAUGAAUGGUAUAUAUACGUGGUCUUGUUGAGCUGAGUAGGACAAUUGUCCUACGGCUAUCCACUGUAGCCUUCAGCUUGGUGACCUAACUGAUGUGAUGUAAUCAUUUCCGCCGUUUAAUAGCUUGCUUUGUUUUGGCCUGGUUUAAAGCAUGAUGUAAACGGCAUUGUAGCAUCAUGUCCAAAAAUGCAACAGUUCCGGCGAGUAGGAUUUGUCUGGGCUUGUUUUUGAGUCUUAAGAGGGAAUUUUUAACAUUCCUUCAACUGUAACUGGAUGCAGGGACAGGUAAAAACCUGGAUGUAAUUUCCAAAGGGAAUUUUUUUUUUGUCGUGCGUUGGUGUUGUCAACCCUGGAGGCUGCAAACGGUUGCAACAUUUCCGAGCUUGUGAUUACAAAGGCUUGUGCAUGAAUCAUACCCGGUGAUAUGAAUAAGAUACAAGAUAGUGCCUUUGCAAAAGUUUACACAAGAACAAAAAAAG